UACUCUUCUUGAUUACCACCUAAUCGCUCACCAAAUACACAAACCCACACUAUAAACCAGAUCUUCAUAAAAAUAAACCCGAUUCACAAACAUACCAUCAUUUCUGUUCUCCCAAGAAACACAAGAGCAUGGAGAGCACCCCGAAAACCAGUGAGAAAUGGAAGCUUUGCUCUUAUGCAAGCUUCACGAUUAGUUGUUUCGCUCUCCUGCUUUGCCUAAGUUUCAACAGAGAGGUUUUGAGCUUCUGGUCCCUUCAGAACUCCAUGAUAACUAGAACCCCACCUUUAUACAGCCUGCCAGCUCAAGAAAACCCCGAAUUCUUGAAUGUGGCGGGGAAUGGUUAUGGGAAGUGUGAUAUAUUCGAAGGGAAAUGGGUUUACAAGCCAACGGAGAGCCCUUUGUAUGAAGUAUCAAAGUGCCCGUUCCUCAGCGACCAAGUUAGUUGCCAGAGGAAUGGAAGGCCGGAUUCCGAGUAUGAAAAAUGGAGUUGGGAAGCUAGUGGCUGUGUCGUUCCUAGCUUUAAUGCCACAGAUAUGUUAGAGAGGCUUAGAGGAAAGAGGGUGAUCAUCGUUGGAGAUUCACUAAACAGAAACCAGUGGGAAUCUCUUGCGUGCCUUCUAUAUUCUGGUAUCCCUUCCUCGAGAGCCAUUGUUUCGGUUCAAAGUGGCUCCUACAAAGUGUUUAAAGCAAAGGACUACAAUGUAUCUAUAGAGUUUUACUGGAGCCCGUUCCUAGUGCAACUUGAUUCAAAUCAAGAUGGUUCUCCGAAGGUUUUGAGGCUAGACAAACUCAACCCAUCAUCUAAGCGAUGGAAAGGAGCAGAGAUUAUGGUAUUCAAUACGGGACAUUGGUGGGCUCAUCGUGGGAAGUGGGACGUAUUUCAAUACAAGGAGAAAUUGACAGAUGAAAUGAGGAUCGAAUCAGCGUUUAAGUUAGCGAUGCAAACCUGGGGGAAGUGGAUUGACGACAACAUCGAUCCAACCGAGACGACAGUUUUCUUUCGGAGCAUUUCCCCGGAACACCAAGGUCGGCAUUGGUGUUACAAUGAAACAAAACCAAUCAUAGACGUGUCCGGUAUGACAAUGUUCCCCGAGCCUCUGAGGAAGAUUGUCGAGAGAACGGUUUCAAAGAUGAAAACUCCCGUGAGGUACCUUAAUAUAACGAAGCUAUCUCAGUACAGAAAAGAUGCACAUCCUACAAUAUACGCCAGAAAGAACGGUAAACAGAUUAUCGAGAAAAAACUUAAUCCGGAAGAAACUUACAGUGAUUGCAGCCAUUGGUGUCUGCCCGGACUCCCCGAUACAUGGAACAGGCUGCUCUAUGCAUCCAUGGUUUUGGACGGCUCAACUAACCGCCCAAAUAGCAAGCAUUUCAUUUCACAUUCUUAAAAUUGUAACAAAUUCUUAAUCAGAUUCA